AUGGCAAUGGCAAACAACAAGACGCAAUGUUUUAAAUGUAAUAAAGAAAAAAUAACAUAUCCUUGUGAAGGAUGUUCACAAAGAUUUUGUUUUGUGGACUUAGCAGAACAUAAACAAUUAUUACAUGAUGAAUUACAUAUUAUCACCAAUGGAUAUAAUGAAUUUAAACAAAGAAUAAAUGAACGAAAACAAAACCCACAUAAUCAUCCGUUAAUAGAACAAAUUAAUCAAUGGGAAAGAAAUUCAAUUGGAAAAAUUCAACAAAAAGCACAAGAAUACAGAGAAAGUGUCGUUAAAUCAUCAGAAACGUGUAUUAAUGGUAUUGAAAUGAAAUUUAAUGAUGUAAGUGAACAAAUACAACUACUUCAGAAAGAAAACGAAUUUAAUGAAAUUAACUUAAAUUAUUUAAGAAACCAAUUAAAAGAAAUUACAGAAGAAUUGAAUAAUCCACCAAAUAUUUCUAUUGAACAAAAUCCACGAUCAUUUAUUAAUGAUAUUUCAACUAUCUUAUCAAAAAAACCAAAACUCAACAAAUGGAAACAAAAUGCCAUCACUGUGGCUGGUGGGAAUGGAGAAGGACAAAAAUCAAAUCAAAUCAAUAAGCCUGUGGGAAUCUUUAUUGAUAAAAACAAAAAUAUUUUCAUUGCUGAUUAUUCUAAUCAUCGUAUUGUUGAAUGGAAAUACAAUACAAAACAAGGACAAACCAUUGCCGGUGGAAAUGGCAAAGGAAAUCGAAUGAAUCAACUGAAUGGACCAACAGAUAUGAUUACUGAUCAACAAAAUCAUUCCAUCAUCAUUGCUGAUUAUGGAAACAGACGAUUGAUUCAAUGGUUGAAUCAAAAGCAACAAAUUCUCAUUCACAAUAUCGACUGUUGUCGUUUGGCAAUGGAUAAACAUGGAUUUCUUUAUGUUUCUGAUGUUGUGAAGAAUGAAGUGAGACGAUGGAAAAUGGGUGAAUAUAACAAUGAAGGAAUUGUAGUAGCAGGUGGAAAUGGAAAAGGAAAUCAACUUAAUCAACUCAAUACUCCUACUUUUAUGUUUGUUGAUGAAGAUCAAUCUGUUUAUGUAUCGGAUUGCAACAAUCAUCGUGUGAUGAAAUGGAGAAAAGAUUCAAAAGAAGGAGCAAUUGUGGCUGGAGGAAAUGAUAAAGGAGGAAAUCUCAAUCAAUUCUCUCAGCCUCAAGGAGUAAUUGUUGAUGAUUUGGGUCAAAUCUAUGUGGCAGAUUGUCUGAAUCAUCGAAUAAUGCGUUGGUGUGAAGGAAAAGAAGAUGGUGAAGUUGUCGUUGGUGGAAAUGUUAAAGGAAAUCAAUCAAACCAAUUGAAUUGUCCCCAUGGUUUAUCUUUUGACGAUGAAGCAAACCUUUAUGUUGCUGAUUGUAGUAAUCAUCGAAUUCAAAAAUUUGAAAUAGUUUUGUGA